AUGACGCUAGGACACAGCUUGGUUCGGCUUUCCAAGUCUCUCCCUGCCACACCAUCUCCGCACGAUUGUCGUAUUGGUUCCGCGCAAGCACCCUGCUGCAUGUCUUUCGCUGCUCUUCCACGAAUUUUUGCGUCUCGAAUCGUUCCUCAAGCCGUCGCUGCCGCCUCUGUACGACGCCUCGCUGUUCUUCCAUCAUCCACACGUCUCGCACCUCGAGCUUUUACAUCUUCCUCCAUCGUCAAGACUUUGUCUAAUUCAGGACCGGAUCGGAUCUUUCCCAGCAUGACGACUGUAUUCCCUACGCAACGCUUGCACAACAAGACGGUGCUCGUCACCGGUGCGUCAGGUGGAAUCGGUAAGGAGACCGCCAUCCUCUUUGCCCGAGCCGGCUGCAAUGUCAUCCUCACCGCGCGUCGAGCCGAAGAGCUGUCCGCCGCAGCAACCGAGUGUUCUCUCGCCAACCAACAAGGUCAGACCGGCGCAGGCGGCAACUUUGCUGCCAUCACACUCGAUAUGAGGGAUCGAACCCAGCUCGAUGGUCUCAUCUCUUCCCUGCCCGAUUGGGCCAAGGACGUCGACAUCCUCGUCAACAACGCCGGUCUGGUGCUGGGUACCGACAAAGUCGGCGACAUCUCCCCCGAAGAGAUCGACGUUAUGAUCGAUACCAACGUCAAAGGUCUCAUCCACCUAACCCAGAUCUUUGUCAAGGAGUUCAAGAAGCGAAACGCCGGCCACGUGAUCAACCUCGGCAGCAUCGCCGGCAGGGAAGGAUAUCCCGGAGGAUCGAUCUACUGCGCAACCAAGUUCGCCGUCAACGCCUUCACCUCGGCCUUGUUGAAGGAGCUGGUGGAUACGCCGAUCAGAGUGACCGAGAUCCAACCGGGCAUGGUGGAGACCAGUUUCAGCGUGACCAGGUUUAGAGGGGAUAAGGAUGCAGCGGGUAAGGUGUAUCAGGGUUUGCAGCCGUUGACUGGGCAGGAUAUUGCGGAGGAGAUCGUUUGGGCGGCUAACAGGCCGGCUCAUGUGAAUAUCGCCGAGACGCUCGUGUUCCCCGUCAACCAGGCCAGUCCGUACCAUGCGUACCGUGGCGGACACUGA